AAGCCAUGGACAUGCCCAUACCAAUCCCAGAGUCCCAUGGUGUCUGUCUCUCUUGGCAGCACUCUUGGUACCAAGUCCUGUAGCUGUCAAGAUCUAGUCCAGGAAAGAAAAGCCUACCAAGAGUAAUUAAUCUAAAGGAAUUCUUGAAAAGUUUCUAAAGGAUUGCAAAGAUGAAAAGGAAGUGCUGAGGUACACAGAGCUCUUCUUUUUUAUUUCCACUUUCAGCACUGCAACUCUGAUGGUCCACCUCUUCUAGGACACAGAUCCAUAAACGUCAACCCUGCACCCUAAGCAGCUCAGAGGGAGGAGCCAGACCAGCAGUACCUCAUACCCUGCCCUCUUCUGCCCUGGACAGGUGGCUUCAUAAUGACAACUCCAUAAUGGCAGUGGGUGAGGCCUUGGUGCACAUCAGGAUCACUCUUCUGCUACUCUGGGUUGGGAUGUCUCUGUUCAUUUCUGGCCACUCUCAAGACAGGCCCUCCCAGCACUUCUCCUCCCCAGAAUUGGUGGUCCCCUUGAAGGUGACUGGCAGGGACAGAGGUAUAAAGGCUCCAGGCUGGCUCUCCUACAGCUUGCAGUUUGGGGGCCAGAGACACAUUGUCCACAUGAAGGUCAAGAAGCUCUUGAUUUCUAAACACUUCCUGGUGUUCACCUACACAGACCAGCAAGCCCUCCACCAGGAUCAGCCUUUUGUUCCCGACGACUGCUACUAUCAUGGUUAUGUGGAAGGAGUCCCUGAGUCCCUGGUUGCCCUCAGUACCUGUUCUGGAGGUUUUCGAGGAAUGCUGCAGAUAAAUGACCUUGCUUAUGAAAUUGAGCCAGUUAGGUUUUCUGCCACAUUUGAACACCUGGUAUAUAAGAUAGAUAGUGAUGAUACACAACUCCCACCUAUGAGAUGUGGGCUAACAGAAGAGGAAAUAGCACGACAUUUGCAGUUGAGAGCCUCACAUAAUUCUACUCUGAUACAAAGUUCUUAUGCCAGCUGGUGGACCCACUUGCGGUUUCUUGAGCUGGGUGUAGUCAUGGACCAUAAUCGAUUCCUGUACUAUGAAAGUAACGUGUCAGUAGUACAGCGUGAAGUAUUUGAUGUUAUCAAUAUACUAGAUAUCUUAUAUUACUCUUUGGAGGUUGAUGUAGUUUUGACUGGGAUUGAAAUCUGGAGUGAAAGAAACCUAGUUGUCGCUGAUCAGAUAGAUCAGCUUGUGGAGGAUUUUGCCCUUUGGAAGUCUGUCAAUCUUGAUGCCCGACUGCACCAUGACACUGCCCAUCUUUUCAUAAAAAAACGUUUUGGCACAAAGCUUGGAGUUGCCUACGUUGGAGGGAUAUGCCAACGCCCUUUUAAUAGUGGAGUUGAUGUUUUUGAAGGAGACAGUCUGUUUUAUUUUGCACUUACUGUGUCCCAUGAACUUGGUCAUAAUUUGGGUAUGCUUCAUGACACUGAGCAAUGUGUGUGUGGGCUUCAGUGGUGCCUAAUGUAUCCUUCCCGGAAGGUGACAACUAAGUUCAGCAAUUGCAGUUAUGCCCGGUACUGGGACAAUACUCUCUCUAGAGGAUCAUGUAUUAAGUCAUCUCCACAUUCUGCAAAUAUCUCUAUGGGACAGUUUUGUGGGAACUUAGUGAUUGAAGAAGGAGAGGAGUGUGACUGUGGCACCAUACACCAGUGUUUAAAUGACCCCUGUUGUCUGUUGAACUGUACUCUGAAGCCUGGAGCUGCUUGUACUUUUGGAAUUUGUUGCAAAGACUGCAAGUUCAUGCCAUCGGGGACUGUGUGCAGACACCAGAUAAGUGAAUGUGACCUCCCCGAAUGGUGUAAUGGGACAUCUCAUCUGUGCCCAGAAGAUGUAUACGUGCAGGACGGGGUUCCCUGUGGUGAUGAUGCCUACUGCUAUGAAGGGAGAUGUCCCAACCAUGACAAGCAGUGCAGGGAGAUUUUUGGCAAAGACGCAAGGAGUGCAUCUCAGAGAUGCUACAGAGAAAUCAACACCCAAGGAAAUCGAUUUGGUCACUGUGAUAUCACAGACCUAAUAUACAUAAAAUGUGAGGCCCCUGAUAUUCUCUGUGGGAGAGUACAGUGUGAGAAUGUGGAAGUAAUUCCUAGUCUGAUACAGCAUUCUACAGUGCAUCAACUUCACCUCAAAAACAUCACUUGCUGGGGCACUGAUUAUCACGUAGGGAUGUCCAUACCUGAUAUUGGCCAAGUGAAAGAUGGCACAGUGUGUGGUCAAAAAAAGAUAUGCAUCCACAAGAAGUGUGUCAACAUGACCUAUCCACCACGAAGCUGUCAGGCUGAUGAGACCUGCCACAUGAACGGAGUCUGCAAUAAUAAACAGCAUUGCCACUGCAGCUAUGGAUGGGCACCUCCCAAGUGCCAGCAUGUGGGCCAUGGAGGCAGUAUUGACAGUGGGCCACCUCCUCAGAACCAGGUGGCAUCAGAAGGAGAGAAAUGGUUGGACUACCUGAUAUUAUUGUGGUUCAUUCCUUUAACUCUUUUCGUUUUACUUUUCCUAAUUAUACUUGGUAAGAAAAUUUUGAAUGAAGAGGAGGAGCGGGAGGAGGAAGAGGAAAGCUAAAAACUCCUGUCGCAUUAAACAAAUAUCUAGCACUUCUUUUAAUAGUACAGAAACGUUAGAGCAUGUCUGACUGUUUAAAGAAAAAUUUAAGGAUCCCUCAUAUCAGGAUCAUAAGCAUUAAUAUCACACCAGAGGAUUUCUAGCAUGUACUUUCUUACUCUUCAUGUUUUAAGCAAUAUUAAAACUUCAUUUUUUUUCCCUCG